UCCUAAUGAAAAACACAAAUGCCUUCAAUAAGUGGGUUUUUAUUGACGACCGACCUCCCUUCGAGACCCGUAUUGAUUUUCUUAUUCAGACAGGGUAUAUUUUGAUGUUAACACCUUGGACAGCUCCUCAUUGUCACUCAGAACCUCUACUGAGUCCUGUUGGACCUGCUGGACCGCAGCUGGACCUUCCCAUUCUGACUUUAAGCGGCUCGGGGCUCCUGGUUUAGAGCUCUGUAAUUGAAUCCCGGUAGAAAACGCCUCCAUCCAUAAAGAUAAACAGUAACCCUUCCUCAUUGGUCGGACUGCAGUGCACAUGCUAUAACAACAGGAUAUGCAAAGAGCCAUGGGCUGAUCUACCAGCCUAUCAUGUUUCGAGCAUGCUUUUUUUGGUAGUUUUUUAAUAUAACAAGAUGUGAAGUGCUUGCCAUGAUAAAUUUCACAAUAGUAGACUUAAUAAUAAUACUAAUAAUUAUGAUGUUUUAAAGGAAUAACAAAAAAGAGGGCUGUGCCUGUGCUGUGAAGGUACUGAGACAUGUUCAAGUGUCGUCUUGGAACGGUUUUCAAUGAACUCAAAGUGUUGCUGCUGAUGCACUCGGAUUCGAGCAGCCGGAGGACUGACCCAGGCACAGACCCAGAGCAGAGCAGGAUGAGAGGCUUCACCAUCGCAGGCUGUGGCUGGCCACAGAUGAGCUGCUCCCACCGGGACGACGAGGAGGAGUACUACGGGCCCCGACCACCCAGCCUGGCCUCCGGGGAUAAAGAAGGAGACAAACCCCAGGGAGCAGGAGGAGGAGGAGGUCUGGAGGCGUCCUCCCUGCCGAGUCUCUCUGAGAGCGCGGUGCAAGCACAGCAGUGCAGGAUCUGCUUCCAGGGGCCAGAAAAGGGGGAGCUGUUGAGCCCUUGUCGCUGUGACGGCUCCGUGCGCUGUACUCACCAGUCCUGCCUCAUCCGCUGGAUCAGUGAGAGAGGCUCCUGGAGCUGCGAGCUCUGCUACUUCAAGUACCAGGUUCUGGCCAUUAGCACCAAAAACCCACUGCAGUGGCAGGCCAUCUCUCUGACUGUGAUUGAAAGGGUGCAGAUUGCUGCCAUUGUCCUGGGCUCUCUCUUUCUAUUUGCCAGCAUUUCCUGGCUGGUGUGGUCGUCGCUCAGCCCCUCGGCCAAGUGGCAGCGGCAGGACCUUUUGUUCCAGAUAUGCUACAGCAUGUACGGCUUCAUGGACGUGGUAUGUGUAGGCCUUAUAAUCCACGAAGGAUCAUCUGUUUACCGGAUCUUUAAGCGCUGGCGGGCAGUGAACCAGCAGUGGAAAGUGCUGAAUUAUGAGAAAACCAAGGAUCUGGGCGACUCCAUCAGUUCAAGCAGCAAAUCCGCCGGUCAAGUCGAAAGGAACUUUUCAAACGGCAUCGCGGCCGACGGACGGAGAACGAGUCGACACAUCAGGGCCAUCCUCACCCACCACUGUGGCUACACUAUCCUGCACAUCCUCAGCCAGCUGAGGCCCUCGAACCUGCAUGGUGCCAACCAGGAGGUGGUCAUGAGAGUGACCACGGUGUGAAGUCAUGCUACGGUCUUUGAGGAGGAAACAAAAGUGCUGAUAAAAUAAAAUCCUAACGUGCCAUAAAAAGUACCUGA